UUCCUUUCCAAUAUUGCUCACACACCCAACUCGGAAGUGUCUUUGGCGUACAAAUUUCAUUCCAGAACUGUCGCCUUUCCAUGCAGUCAUGAUUUUGUUAGAAAUACAAAAUCGUAUUGUCGAAGAAACGCUUACGCAGAAAAUCAGGAAUGCCCAAGAAGGUGGGAAACCUGAAGCUAUAGACAUCACUAUUGCAGAUUUCGAUGGUGUCUUGUAUCACAUAUCAAAUCCUGAGGAUGAUAAGUCAAAAAUCAGGGUCAGCAUAUCGUUGAAGUUCUACAAGGAACUACAAGAACAUGGAGCUGACGAGUUGAUAAAGCGAGUGUAUGGGUCCAUGCUGGUGCCAUCAGAAGACGGGUACGAUGUGUCCUUGCUGUUUGACCUUGACAAGCUGCCUGAUGAAUAUGAAGAGGCCGUACAGAAAGCUGGACUUCUCAAGAGAAACUGCUUUGCCUCAGUGUUUGAAAAAUAUUUUGAUUUCCAGGAAAGGGGAGAGACUGGAAAUAAGCGAGCUGUGAUACCGUACAGAGAUGAUGAAACCAUGUAUGUGGAAGCCCUAAAAGACAGAGUCACCGUGAUAUUUAGUACAAUCUUUAAAGAUGAUAGUGAUAUUAUUAUAGGAAAAGUAUUUAUGCAAGAAUUCAAAGAGGUACGGAGGAAGCAUCAACAGGCGCCCCAAGUGUUAUUUACACACCGAGAACCUCCAGCGGAACUCCAAGGCACACAGGCUCGCACCGGAGACAACAUCGGCUACAUCACAUUUGUACUGUUUCCUCGUCAUACGAAGCGUGAUAGUCGAGACAAUACAAUCAACCUCAUUCACACCCUGAGGGAUUACCUUCACUACCACAUAAAGUGCUCCAAGGCUUACAUUCACUCUCGCAUGAGGGCAAAGACAUCAGACUUCCUUAAGGUGUUAAACCGAGCUCGACCAGAACCUCAAAAGGACAGAGAAAGGAAAACAGUCUCAGGGAAGACAUUCAGACAAAAUUAAAAUACAGAGAACAAUGCAGAGACCGGCAAUGUUACAAAACUUGCAUGACUUUGAAGACGAAAGAACUUACUGAGAAUGAUUUGUGGUUCUUGGUGUUAUCUCUCUUGGGAGAUUUAGAUGGGUGAGAGCGGGAGAGAUAUUAAGGGUAAUUGUGGAGACUGAAUGAGCUUGUGCGUCUGUUUCUCUCAUUUUACUUGUCUCUUUAGAACAUUCCUUUACACAAUAUAGUUAUACUCAUUUAAAAAUAUUAAAGAAAUUAAUAUGAUUUUUUUAGAAAACCUUUUGGGAGUUCCUGAGAUAGGAUAGGGCUUCUAACCAAAUCCAGAUAAAAACGAUUUCUCAUGUUUUCUCCCCAAAACAAGAUUAUGAUUACUGUAUUUAUAUAGAAAAUUGUGAUAUAUACAUAGGUCAAAACAUAUCUUUUCUAUAUAUAUAACAGCUAUAUAGUGGAUGCAUAUUAUAAGAUAUUAAUUUUUUGAAUUGUCUGGAAAUUAUUUAAAUUGUAUUGUUCCAGGAAUGCAUUUUCAUGAAUAUACUCUGCAUAAAGGAAUGAAUCUAGAAAAUAUUUGCUAUAUAAGUUAAAUGUUAUUUGGAACAUAGCACAUCUAAGCCAGUGUAUUGUACCUAAUGAGAUUUUGAGGUGAGAAUUAUCGCCAAAUUAUAAAUCAAAUUAGUCCCUACACUAGGUUACAUUCACUUUUACUGAAAAAAUAAAGCAGUUUAAAUAUUACGUGCUAAUUUAUUUAUGAAUUGCCGGACAAUUUAAUUUUGCACUGGUAAAGCCAAAAAAUUGGACUUUUAUCACAUUAGUUUUACAGAUUUGGUUUUGUCCCGUAAUAGUGUACAAAGAAUCAUAGUUUUUUGUGAAUAUUAAAUUUACAUGUACUUAAAGGACAAAAAUACAAAUGUAAUUUUUGAUUGAACACUUCCAGGGUGGAUUUUCUACCAUGUUACAGAGACAUAGUACAGAGAAAAAAAGUAGGAUAGUAUUGUGUGCAAGAUUGCGAUUUAUUGUUCCAUUGUUGUGGACUUUUGUGUGAGAGUAUUUUUUUCUGUUAAUUGUGUCAAAACAUCUGCUACGAUGUGAUUUUUUCAAUAUUUUUAAUUAUAACGUAAUUAAUAUAUAAUGGAAUGAAAUUCAUUUUGUUUAAUACUGAAUCCAGCAAACAGAUCAUGUAUAAGCUGUAUUUAUCUGGCAAUAAGCCCAUAACUGGUAAUAAGUCUACCUAUACGUUUUGCUUUUUAACAGAUAAAAUGAUUGAAAUACUAAAUUGAAAUACUAAAAUGAUUGAAAUACUAUUUCAUUGCCCUGCAUUAAGCCUUCCCACAUCUUUGAGACAAAGUUUAUUUGUUGCCAUUCUUGGCAUAUUAAAAAUAAAUAUGUUGAUGAUAAAGAUCCUGUGUACACUGUUAUGAUAGGGUGUAAAAUAUUGUAUUAUUUUCUUGCAUUAACUGCAAGCCAAUGCCAAUUCAUUCAUGCUAGGCUAGAAAUAAGUGUGUACUCAAAUAUUACUGCAGAUACAAAUGUAUUACAUAACUACUAGUAAAGCUAUAAUUUAAAAUUGAGUUCAAUAUCGAUAAAAAAUAGCUCUGGCAUAAAAUCUUCUAAACAAGGACAUAUAUGAAGUUAACGUAGCUGAGUAACUGAAAGGGUGGUAUUCAUAUUUAAAUAUCUUAACUUUUUUUCCACAAAAUGUUUGGUAUGACAGGCAAUAUGUUUGUUUCACACAAAUUUUAUCAAAGCUUCUCUCAUACAUUGUAUUUGAGAUUGUGCAAUCUUCAUCUAUGCAAUUUCGUGUAUAGAGUCAGCUGUUUGUUUUGUUAGAAGGUUGGCACUUUACAUUGUAAAACGUUUUCCAAGUUAAAGAUACACAGACAGUGGGAUUGAUAUAUAGUGCUUUCUUUGACAACGUCAUUAACAAAUGUCUCAAUUAAUUGACAAAAUGAAUAAAAAAAAAAAAAUGUGGUCUGAACACCAAAUAAGGACAUUUUCAUGAAAUAGAGUGACUUGUUACAUUUAAAAGUUAAAAUUUUAUGCAGAUAAUCAUUGUACAUGUAAUCGUUGCACUUCCCGGGUAAAGUUGGGAGAAGUUCCUGGGAAGCUGUCGUGAUGAAAGAUUUUAGAACGUCAUGGGACUGAAACAGCUGAGGUUACUAGUUCAGAGAUUGUUAAACCGAGAAGUAUUUGAUAAUUCCAUCUUGUGUCGAAGGGUUCUGAAUGACAGAAAAUAUAACUGACUGAAAUUCCUCUCCAGUUUUCCUGUUCAUUUUAUGAAAUGAUGCAAGAAAGAAUGUGUGUAAGACUAUUAACAAAUCUUUAUUUAAAUGUUACAUUUUAUUGUGUAUUUUGUACAAAGAAAUAUAUUCUUACAACAUGUAUUACUGGUUCUUAUAUGGUACACCAUUGGAACUCUUGACAAGACUAGCGACAUUCUUUAGGAUACCAGUGAGAAAAAAAAUGGCCAAAUUGAAUUGUUCUUGGAAUUUCACGGAUUGACAGUUGAGAUGAGAAUUCAGCAUUUUUCAGUUGAGAUGUAAAGUAUGUCUGUUGGAAAGAUGAUUUGUUUAUAGAGUACAAGUGCUAUCCAUCGUUUGGUACUUUUGUGUCAUAACUUAUAAAUAAUGAUUUGUACAAACUUUUGUAUUAUCUCUAUAUGACUGAGCUUUGUUCAUACAUAUUAUACUAAUCGAUCAGUCUCAUUUUAUUUCAAUAAUAAAUGUAUGAUAUUCUC